AUGAUUGAAGUGGUUGCAAAAUUGCCCCAUGGUCAUGUAUUUUUAUCGGGUGAAACCUUAGAAUGUAGUGUCACUUUUAUUCAUCCUCCUUCUCCUACACAUACAGUUGCCCAAAGCCACACAGAUGUAUUUGAAAGUUUAGCUUGGGCCUCAGCCCAAAUCCAUUGCCAAUGCUUUACUGAUUCAAAAGUUCCCAAAGAUAGGGCCUCUGAAAAUAUAUCGAAUUUUCCUGUUACUGCUUUGAGUGUACAUACUAAUGAAAAUGCUAGGGUAGAAGUAGCUACAAAACCAAAAAUACUCUUUUGUGAUUUGAGGUUAUCUCCUGGACAGUCAAAAACAUAUAUCUAUAGAGAAAAAAUCCCAAAUGAUUCCCCUCCAUCCUAUAGAGGACAGUUAGUGAAAUAUUCCUACAAAAUCACAAUAGGCACACAAAGAGUUAACAGUCCUGUUAAAUUGUUAAGAGUACCCAUAAGGGUUCUUCCUCUUUGUGAAACUUUAUUAAAUGAGGCUGUUGCUCUAUGUAAUGACACUACAGAGGAAUUGACACCUGCAAAUCCAUUUUUGGAAAUCAGAAAAAAGGAAAGUCCACUAGAGAUUGCCCUUCAAAGUCUACAAAACAUUACUGCAAGAAGAAAUCCAAAUUCCUACAUGAUCACCAACACAUGGGGCAGGGUAGCUCGAUUCUGUCUCUUCAAGCCAGCCUAUAAGUUAGGAGAAGACAUAAUAGGAACUUUUGACUUUACAGUAGCUACAGUUAGUUGUAUACAAGUUUCAGUAUCACUACAGUGUGAGGAAAAAACAAUUAUUGAAGGUGCAGCUGAGGAUAAUUCAAAGCAGACUAGGAUUAUUACUUUUGGAAACUUUCAUGAAGUUUGCUUAGGAUAUGAUUAUACACAGCUGAUAUUACCCAUACCUUUGUAUGUAACUCCAGAUUUUGCCACAAAACUAGUGAGUUUAACUUGGAGAUUACAUUUUGAGUUUGUGACUAGCACCAAUAAGGGUUUAUCUCCACCAAGCCUAGAGGACACUGACUGGAGAGCACCUUCAGAGGUAACUGUGGAAACUAUGGUCUGGAGUUUGCCCAUAAAAUUAUACUCAACUACACCCACACAUGUUGCACAGGGUGUCUUAGCAAAUAAUGUUCAUAAGUUAGUUAUUAGGUGA